UCAUGGCAGAAACCACUGAUUUAUCUUCGCUCUGUCUCUAUCUUCUUUCUUUCUCUGGUCUCUGUGCUGAGAUCUUCUGAAGCCUAGGGUUGACGAAACCCUAAUCUCCAUUGAUUCUCUUGUUUGUAACAAAGAAUCGACAUUCGCCAGCUCUCUGCAUUUUUUUUUUAUAAGUUUGUCUGGCAUGAAGUCCGCGUGAAAGAACAGAGAAAAGAAAGAAAGAACGCGUGUAUUUAUCUAUCUAUCUGUAGUUUGGAGUAUCGAUCUACCUGUACAUGUUUCAGUUGGGAUUUGGGUUAUUUGAUCCGGCGAUGCUGAAGUUGAUGAGGCGGCUGAUCACUCUAUGAUCGUCGUUGUUGCCUUCGUCUUUGUGGUUUUUAGGGUUUACAAGGCAGCUGAGGAGGAGGAGUGCAUGAGGGAUUUGGUUUGGUUUCUAUGUUUCAUCAAGAAUUCCAAGAGAGUAAGGCGCGACUGUGGGCUUGUUAUACGGAGCAGGGGUAGAUGGGGGAAAUGUGGCUAAUUUCCGCUACGGUUGGUACCUUUCCUUUCUGAGUUCGAGUUUGGUUAUGAGCACAGAGCAAGAUAUACGUACAGUGGUUGUUUUGCAAGGGUGAAGAUAGAGAUUGUGAAAAUGCAGCAAGAUCAGCGAAAGAAGAAUCCAACAGAGAUGGAUUUCUUUGCUGAGUAUGGUGAUGCCAACAGAUACAAAAUUCAGGAGGUAAUAGGGAAGGGAAGCUAUGGUGUUGUUUGCUCAGCCAUUGACACACAUACGGGAGAAAAGGUGGCAAUAAAGAAAAUACAUGAUAUUUUUGAGCACAUAUCAGAUGCUGCCCGAAUCUUACGUGAGAUCAAGCUGCUCAGACUUCUACGGCAUCCUGACAUUGUUGAAAUAAAACAUAUCAUGUUACCACCCUCAAGAAGGGACUUCAAGGAUAUUUAUGUUGUUUUUGAGCUCAUGGAGUCAGAUCUUCACCAAGUCAUCAAAGCCAAUGAUGACUUGACACGGGAACAUUAUCAGUUUUUUCUUUACCAGCUGUUACGUGCAUUGAAAUAUAUUCAUACAGCUAAUGUCUACCAUCGAGACUUAAAACCAAAGAAUAUAUUAGCAAAUGCAAAUUGUAAACUCAAAAUCUGUGAUUUUGGGUUAGCAAGAGUUGCAUUCAAUGAUGCUCCUACCACAAUAUUUUGGACGGAUUAUGUUGCAACAAGAUGGUACAGAGCUCCAGAGCUUUGUGGAUCAUUUUUUUCUAAGUAUACCCCUGCAAUUGAUAUUUGGAGCAUAGGCUGCAUAUUCGCUGAGGUAUUAACAGGGAAACCUCUAUUUCCUGGUAAAAAUGUUGUUCAUCAGUUGGAUUUGAUGACAGAUUUGCUUGGAACACCUUCCAUGGAUACCAUCUCACGGGUCCGCAAUGAGAAGGCAAGGAGAUACUUAACCAGCAUGAGGAAAAAACAGCCUGUGCCAUUUGUGCAGAAGUUUCCAAAUGCAGAUCCUUUAGCACUCAAACUGUUGGAAAGGUUGUUAGCAUUUGAUCCAAAAGACCGACCAACUGCCGAAGAGGCAUUAGCUGAUCCUUACUUUAAAGGCCUGGCAAAAGUUGAGAGGGAACCAUCCUGCCAGCCAAUUGCAAAGCUAGAAUUUGAGUUUGAGAGACGGAGGGUGACAAAGGAGGACAUCAGGGAGCUAAUAUUCAGGGAGAUUUUAGAAUAUCAUCAACAGCUGCUGAAGGAUUACAUGAAUGGAACUGAGAGGACAAGUUUUCUCUAUCCUAGUGCUGUUGAUCAAUUCAGAAAACAGUUUGCACAUCUUGAAGAAAAUGGUGGUAAAAGUGGGCCAGUGAUUCCAUUGGAGAGGAAGCAUGUUUCUCUGCCGAGAUCAACAGUUGUCCAUUCCAAUACAAUUCCCCCCAAGGAUCAAACAAGCUUGGCUUCUUUGAGAGAGAGACAAAUCCAAGAAGAGGCCUGUAAUAAAAGCUCCAGAAAUAUGGAGGGAGUUUCUGGAAGUAUUCCUAGGACUUUGCAAGCACCGCAUAAGAUUCCAUUGGCUAAACCCGGAAAAGUUGUGGGACCAGUUAUGCCAUACGAAGGUGCAAGUAGCAUGAAAGAUGGCUAUGAUGCAAUGAUGAUCAGAAAUGCAGUUCUUCCUCCUCAGGCUGUCCCACCUCCAUAUUCUUUCCGCAGGACUGGCACAAAGCAAGAAAGAAGCUCUGGCACAGAGGCUGAGAGGGACUUGUUGCAGGGCAAACCACAGCCGGCACAAUGCAGCAUGGCAGUGAAGAUGGCCCCAGAAAUAGCCAUUGACGUCAACUCUUCACCAUAUUAUCUAUCUCGAGAAGUUGCCAAAGCUGAACAAGUAGUAGUAGAUGAUCGAAUUGCUGUUGAUAUGAACCUUUUACAGGCAAAAUCACAGUUUGGUGCUUCCGCUACUACAGCAGCUGCACAUAGAAAGGUGGGCACAGUUCAGUUUGGCAUGUCAAGGAUGUACUAGCUCUACUAGGGAAAUGGAAGAAAGAAGAAAGGGGUUGCUUGUUGUCCAAGGAAUCAAUCGGAGGGAGGAGCCCCAUGAAGAGAGAAACAAGGGGGGCGGGGUGCGAUUUUGUAAUUUUACGAGGAAGGGAUGGAUCAAAAGUAAAGAGAGAAGGCAGGCAAAGAAAAAAGAAGAGAGGAUAAGGGGGAGGAGAGGGUGUGGUUUGGGUUUGGGCUGACGAGGCAGCUUUGUCUGGGGCUGGGACCUGGGGGGAUGAGGUUGUGUUUCACAGUUGGAUCAGAUGGGGGUGUACCAAUCAGAGUAAACUAAUUAAAUAUUUUUAGUGAAAAUAAUACAUUCCAUUGUUAAAAGAGAGAGAGAGAGAGAGAGAGAAAAGAAAAGAAAAGAAAAUCUUUGAAAUGGGUGUUUACUCUUUUCCCUCCCUGUGGUGCUUCCUAAGCCUACAUGCACAUGUGCGUACAUUAGCAUAAACCUACAUGCACAUGGGUCGGGGGUGUACCAAUCAGAGUAAACUAAUUAAAUAUUUUUAGUGAAAAUAAUACAUUCCUUUGUUAAAAGAGAGAGAGAGAGAGAGAAAAGAAAAGAAAAUCUUUGAAAUGGGUGUUUCCUCUUUUCCCUCCCUGUGGUGCUUCCUAAGCCUACAUGCACAUGUGCGUACAUUAGCAUAAACCUACAUGCACAUGGGUCUUUACUCUUUUCCCUGUGGUGCUUUCUAAGCUUCAAAGUGGAUGUGGGCAACUCCACUUUGAAGUUUGAACUCAAAAAGUCUUAAGAUCUCGAAUUCAGUGAGAAUCAGUUAUUUCUUGAUAUAAGGUCAUCAGGUCACACGUUGGUCUCGUAUUGAAAAGGGAUGGCGUGGGCAUCAUUUUCAAUGCCCCCGUGACCAUGAUGGGGGGAACCAGGUGUGUAUAAUAUAUACAUCAUCAUAAUGAUGAGUGACUUUUGUUUCAACUUUGAAGAGCGAUAUGAACAAAAGUGACCCCCUCCAUAUUUGACCUAGCCCGGCCCCGGUGAUGUUUUUGGUAUCAUUUAUUUUUAUCAUUAAUCAAUGCAAAUACAAAUUGAAAUUGGUGAUAUAGAUAGAUACUUCUUUAGUGUUGUAGAAAUUGAUGUGAAUUAUGAGUUGUCACAUCAUAUAAUCGAAAGUUUUUUAGAUUUUGA